AUGCUUUGUCCUCCACGAGAAGAGUUUCAAAUCGGGUGGAUCUGCGCCCUUCCCAUCGAGGCAGCAGCAGCCAAGGAAAUGCUUGAUGAAAGUUUCGGAUUUCUUGAUGAACAAGAUACAACAGAUCCAAAUAUCUAUACAUUGGGCCGAAUCGGCAAACAUUAUAUCGUGAUCGCCGGCCUGCCUGCAGGGCAAUAUGGAAAUACUGCAGCUACUAUAGUUGCUAACAACAUGAUCCGUACGUUCUCAAAGUCGCUACGGAUUGGCUUGAUGGUUGGCAUUGGAGGAGGAAUUCCAUCCACCACUUGUGACAUACGGCUUGGUGAUAUCGUGAUCAGCUGUCCAACAGGUGCCUGUGGAGGUGUGCUUCAGUACGAUAUGGGCAAAGUUGAAGUUGAUGGUAAAUUUGCUCGAACUGGAUCUCUGAACAGUCCUCCCAGAUCGCUGCUAGCGGCCGUUACUGCUAUGAGGGCCGCUGAGCUUACUGAUGAUCCCCACUAUCCGGAAUAUCUCCGUCGUGCGAUUCUGAGAACCCGAAGAACCCAGAAAGCCUUUGCCAGACCUGAUCAGCAGAGCGACCGGUUAUUUCAGAUCAAGCACGACCAUCCGAUUGCUGCAGACAACUGUGAUGGAUGUCUGAGAGAAUGGGAGGAGAACAGAAAUGAGCGCGAGGACAAUGAACCACAGCCCCACUACGGUAUUAUUGCGUCUGGGAAUUCCGUCAUCAAACACGGAUGGACAAGGGAACAGCUCCGCACGCAAACUGGGGCACUGUGUUUUGAGAUGGAGGCGGCAGGAUUGAUGUUGGAUUUCCCCUGUAUUGUGAUCCGCGGUAUUUGCGAUUAUUCUGAUUCGCACAAAAAUAAGCAAUGGCAAGGCUAUGCGGCCUUAGCAGCGGCAUCAUACACUAAAGAACUCCUGGGUUAUGUACCGAAAGGCCAAGUGUCGCAAGAAAGCCUAGCUACAGAUGUUUGUCGCUCCCUAGAAGAUCUAAAUAAAAAAGUCAAAGGCACCAAUGAACGAUUGGAUAGAGCAUAUAAUCAACAAGAACGGUAUCACACUGAACAAACUGCUCGAGCGUUGACAGACCAGCAGAAAAAGUGUCAUCAAGUAUUCAAGAUAUCAAACUAUGAGCAGUACAAGAACAUUAAUCCCAAUCGAGUACCAGGAACAUGCCAAUGGGCUUUGCAGAAUUCAUGUUACCUCCGCUGGUGGAAUAGUCGCGGCAGUGACCUUCUCUGGAUAUCAGCUGACCCUGGCUGUGGGAAAUCUGUGCUCUCUAAGUCACUUAUCGAUAAUGAUUUGCAAGAGGGCAGUUCGACAGUAUCAAUGUGUUAUUUUUUCUUUAAGGAUAAUGAUGAGCAGAACAGUCUUGCUAUAGCACUGUGCGCAAUACUACAUCAGCUCUUUAGCCAACAGCCAGGUCUACUACGACAUGCAGUACCAUCCUGGGAAAAAAAUGGGAAUAAACUUCAACAAGAAACUGGUGAGCUUUGGCGAAUUCUUCUAGCAGCGACAUCAGAUCCUUCAUCUCCAAAGACUAUUUGUGUGCUUGAUGCGCUUGAUGAAUGUCGUCCAGUGGACCAGAACCAACUUAUUCAAAGGCUCAAGGAUUUCCAUAACCAACCCAGUUUACCAACACAGCAGAACUGGUUGAAAUUUCUUGUUACCAGCCGCCCCUAUGAUGACAUCCAGAAUAAUUUUAAACCUAUCACAGAUUUAUUUCCGCAUAUCCGUCUUCAAGGAGAGCAGGAGAAUGACCAGAUUCAUAAGGAGAUUGAUCUUGUUGUAAAGGUAAAAGUAAAAGAGUUGGCUGAGACGUCAAGACUACCAGCCAAUGUGGAACAGCGAGUUCAGGAUCAGCUUCUCCAGAUGCAGCACCGCACGUAUUUGUGGUUAUACCUGGCCAUUGAUGACAUCCGUACUACCUUUCAAAAUAGCCUUCGGCCAGCUAAGGAAUCAAUUGUGCUGGUACCCCCAUCCGUGUACGCCGCGUACGAGAAGAUCCUCAAUCAGAUUCCAUCUGGUCAAAAAAAUAUCGUGCAGAAGAUCCUACGGAUUAUUAUUGGCGCACGUCGUCCUUUGACAAUAGAGGAAAUGUCCAUGGCAUUAGGUGUGGCUGACAGUCCUGAGUUGAAAACUGCCGCAGCAGCUGGGGUUGAUCCCACCAGGCUUAGUAACAAAAUACGCCGACUCUGUGGGCUUUUUGUUUUUAUCAACAACUCAAAGAUCUAUCUUAUACACCAGACAGCCAGGGAGUUUCUUAUUGGGAGAAACAUAGCCAACAAAACCAUCUCAGAGUACUCCUUCGAAUUGCCAGACGCAGAUAGUGAAAUGUCACAAAUCUGUAUUCGAUACUUGCAAAUGGAGGACCUAGAAUAUCAUCAAGAACAAACAGAAUCUGAUAUUCGAUGCUUCCUGUCAUAUUCAGCAGAGCACUGGGCUGACCACGUUCGAGGGAUGUCCUCGUCAAAACAGCAAGAAAUGGUUAAUCUGGCACACGGUGUAUACAGCACCACCACAGGGAGAUUUGAAAUGUGGUUCCCUAUAUUUUGGAAAGCUGUUAUGCCAGGUAGGCGUGACCCCAUAAUGGAUGCAGUACAUCUGGCAGCUUUUAAUGGGCAUACCCAUGUGUUGAAAUUGAUCAUUGCAUCAGAGGAGAAUAUUAUAAAUAAAAAGGAUAGCAGUGGGACUACUGCUUUAAUGUGGGCCUCAUGGAAUGGCUACUCUGAGACUGUGAAAAUGCUGUUGGACAAAGGAGCUGAUGUCAACGCCCAGGGUGGAAACUAUGGAAAUGCCCUGCAGGCUGCUUCUUGUAUAGGAUAUGACCAGGUUGUGCAGAUACUGUUAGACAAUGGAGCUGAUGUCAAUGCCCAGGGUGGAUUCUAUGGAAAUGCCCUGCGGGCUGCUUCUUCUGGAGGACAUGACCAGAUCGUGCAGAUGCUGUUGGACAAUGGAGCCGAUGUCAAUGUCAAUGCCCAGGGUGGAUUCUAUGGAAAUGCCCUGCAGGCUGCUUCUUAUCAAGGACAUGACCAGAUUGUGCAGAUACUGUUGGACAAUGGAGCCGAUGUCAAUGCCCAGGGUGGAUUCUAUGGAAAUGCCCUGCAGGCUGCUUCUUAUGGAGGACAUGACCAGAUUGUGCAGAUACUGUUGGACAAUGGAGCCGAUGUCAAUGCCCAGGGUGGAGACUAUGGAAAUGCCCUGCAGGCUGCUUCUUCUGGAGGAUAUAACCAGAUUGUGCAGAUGCUGUUAGGCAAAGGAGCCGAUGUCAAUGCCCAGGGUGGAAACUAUGGAAAUGCCCUGCAGGCUGCUUCUUAUGAAGGACAUAACCAGAUUGUGCAGAUACUGUUGGACAAUAGAGCCGAUGUCAAUGCCCAGGGUGGAGAGUAUGGAAAUGCCCUGCAGGCUGCUUCUUAUAAAGGACAUGUCCAGAUUGUGCAGAUGCUGUUAGACAAAGGAGCCGAUGUCAAUGCCCAGGGUGCAGAUUAUAAAAAUGCCCUCUAUGCUGCUUCUUCUGGAGGAUAUAACCAGAUUGUGCAGAUGCUGUUGGGCAAAGGAGCCGAUGUCAAUACCCAGGGUGGAUUCUAUGGAAAUGCCCUGCAGGCUGCUUCUUGUGAAGGACAUGGCCAGAUUGUGCAGAUGCUGUUAGACAAUGGAGCCGAUGUCAACGCCCAGGGAGCUGAUGUCAACGCCCAGGGUGGAUUCUAUAGAAAUGCCCUGCAGGCUGCUUCUUCUAAAGGACAUGACCAGAUUGUGCAGAUGCUGUUAGACAAAGGAGCCCAUGUCAAAACCCAGGGAGCCAAUGUCAAUGCCCAGGGUGCAGAUUAUGAAAAUGCCCUCUAUGCUGCUUCUUGUGAAGGACAUGGCCAGAUUGUGCAGAUACUGUUAGACAAUGGAGCCGAUGUCAAUACCCAGGGUGGAGACUAUGGAAAUGCCCUGCAGGCUGCUUCUUAUAAAGGACAUGACCAGAUUGUGCAGAUACUGUUGGACAAUGGAGCCGAUGUCAAUGCCCAGGGUGGAUUCUAUGGAAAUGCCCUGCAGGCUGCUUCUUAUCAAGGACAUGACCAGAUUGUGCAGAUACUGUUGGACAAUGGAGCCGAUGUCAAUGCCCAGGGUGGAUUCUAUGGAAAUGCCCUGCAGGCUGCUUCUUCUGGAGGAUAUAACCAGAUUGUGCAGAUGCUGUUGGGCAAAGGAGCCGAUGUCAACGCCCAGGGUGGAAACUAUGGAAAUGCCCUGCAGGCUGCUUCUUAUGAAGGACAUAACCAGAUUGUGCAGAUACUGUUGGACAAUAGAGCCGAUGUCAAUGCCCAGGGUGGAGAGUAUGGAAAUGCCCUGCAGGCUGCUUCUUAUGGAGGACAUGACCAGAUUGUGCAGAUACUGUUAGACAAUGGAGCCGAUGUCAAUGCCCAGGGUGGAGAGUAUGGAAAUGCCCUGCAGGCUGCUUCUUCUGGAGGACAUAUCCAGGUUGUGCAGAUACUGUUAGACAAUGGAGCUGAUGUCAACGCCCAGGAUAGAACUUAUGGAAAUGCCCUGCAGGCUGCUUCUUCUAGAGGACAUAACCAGAUUGUGCAGAUGCUGUUGGACAAAGGAGCCGAUGUCAAUGCCCACGGUGGAUUCUAUGGAAAUGCCCUGCAGGCUGCUUCUUAUGAAGGACAUGACCAGAUUGUGCAGAUACUGUUGGACACAGGAGCUGAUGCCAACGCCCAGGGUGGAAAUUAUGGAAAUGCCCUGCAGGUUGCUUCUUAUGGAGGACAUGACCAGAUUGUGCAGAUGCUGUUGGACCAUCAAUUGCACGUUGAUGAACCGCCCACAAAGAGGCUCAGAGUCUCUUCAAGCUUUUGA